CUAAUUCCAGCCACUAUCUAUAACAAAAUAAACUAACUCCUAGCAGGAUUAGGCCUUAGGGUAAAAACCUUAUAUAAGUUAUAUAUAAAUAUUCCUAAACUCUCCAACAAGUUAGUGUAAUUCUACAUCCACAAAACAAUUUUCUGCCCUGGGGAGAGUUUUUCCCUGUUUUUCUUUUCCUUCAACCUAUCAAGAACACCAUGUCAUCAUCCAAUAAUUCUGGUAAGGUAUUAAAGCUGAAGAGCAAGGACAACCAAAUCUUCGAGGUCGAAGAAUCGGUGGCCAUACAAUCGGAGCUCAUCAAGAACAUGGUCGAAGCUGGCUGCGACAUUGGUGUGAUUCCGUUGCUCAUGGUGCAUAGCAAGACCUUAAGGAAUGUAAUAGAAUGGUGUCAAAAACAUGUUGAUUAUGUUGAAGAAAACGACAACGAAUCAAACGAAGAAGAUGUCAAGAAUUGGGAGUCAGAAAUAUGUGAGGAAGAAAACAACAAUGGAUCAGACGCAGAAGAAAUCAGGAAUUGGGAGUCAGAAAUAUGUGAGGAAGAAAACAACAAUGGAUCAGACGAAGAAGAAAUCAGGAAUUGGGAGUCAGAAAUAUGUGAGGAAGAAAACAACAAUGGAUCAGACGAAGAAGAAAUCAGGAAUUGGGAGUCAGAAAUAUGUGAGGAAGAAAACAACGGAUCAGACGAAGAAGAAAUCAAGAAUUGGGAGUCGGAAGAAAACAAUGACGGAUCAGACAAAGAAGAAGUCAAGAAUUGGGAGUCGGAAGACAACAACGCUGGAUCAGACAACGACGAACUCAAGAAUUGGGAGUCGAAAUUUGUGGACAUCGAUAAAGACAGCCUUUAUGAGCUUCUCUUAGCUGCGGACUAUCUCAACAUUGAUAGCUUGCUGGACCGAGUUAUCAAACAAGUGGCGGAUAUGAUUAAAGCAAGCAGGAGUGUUGAGGAAGUUCGUCAAACUUUUGGAAUCAAGAGUGAUUUUACUCCCGAAGAAGAAGAAGAAAUUCGUAAGGAGAUUUCUUGGAUUGAUUAAUUGAUUUAAUCUUGGAAUAGAUAUCAAGAUUUAAUGUUUG